AUGUUCCCUGCUCAUGAAACUCGUGAUAGAAAAGAGUCAAUAGAGCUCGAUCAUCUUGAUGGGGAGCUCUCGGUGCUUGAAGAACGGCCAAUUGGGUCUUCGUCAGCAUUCCAGUCUCGGAACCCAAAUUUAGGCAAUAAAUCAUUUGAAGAGAAUACCCAAGAAAAUUCCCAUGAAUUAUCCCAUGAAGACACCAACGAAAGCAUCUACUAUCCAGACGGAGGCUUUAAGGCAUACUCCGCGGUCUUUGCCUCGCUAAUGGGGCUGAUCUGCUCCUUUGGACUGAUGAACUCCACAGGUGCGAUCGAGUCGUAUCUUGAAAAAAAUACACUUAAAACGACUCCAACAACCACUAUAUCUUGGAUCUUUGCUAUUUACACCUUCCUGACUUUUGGUUGCAAUCUUUUUUCUGGUGCGCUGUUUGACACCUUUGGAGCGAAGAAAGUGGCCAUUCCAGGUGCCCUAUUAGUCUGUGCCGGUCUCCUGGCAACGGCCAACUGCACACAAGUUUGGCAAUUUAUCCUGUCGUUUGGUGUUUGCUGUGGAGUGGGCUGUGCAUUGCUUAUGGCGCCGAUGGUCAGCUGCAUCGCUCACUUCUUCCGCAAAAAAAGAGGACUUGCUUUGGGCAUUGCCAUGCCCGGAGCCAGCAUUGGAGGAGUUGUGUGGCCUCUGGUCUGUAAUUACCUCUAUCCCAAAAUUGGUUUCACAUGGACUAUGAGAGUGCUGUCUUUUAUUUUUAUUGGACUGCUGACUGUGAGUUGCCUGUUGAUCGAUGACCGUCUCGACGAAAUCGAUGGGGACUCAAAAAAUCAUAGUGCUUCGCAAGUUUGGGAUAGGGUGAAACAGAGCAUUGAUUUCAAGACUCUCAAGGAUCCUGUCUAUUUACUACUUGUCGCAGGCCUUUUCAUGAACGAGUUCUCACUAAUCUUGUGCUUCACAUACAUUCCAUCAUACGCCCUAAAUAACGGUUAUUCCGAGUCGUUGUCACUGAUUGCACUGACAGUGGUCAAUGCUGCUGGUGUUUUUGGAAGGUACCUUCCUUCGCAUCUUUCUGAUAGUUAUGGAAAGUUCAAUCUAAUGGUUGCGGUGUCCGCCAUUCAAGCGCUUUCAAUUCUGGUUUUCUGGCUACCAUUUGGUCAUAUCAAACCCUUAUUUUUCAUUUUCUGUAUCAUAUACGGCUUUGCUACGGCAGGAACGCUUGCAUUGACUCCACUUUGCACGUCUCAAAUCUCAAACCCUAGAGACUUCGGAAAAAGAUACGGCACGGCAUAUUUCUUUGUCAGUUUCGGUAACCUGAUCUGCAUUCCUAUUGGUAUCGCAAUCACAAAUACUGCUGCUGGGUAUAAUGGUAUGGUUGGUUUUGCAGGAGCAGGAUCGUGCUCCGCUACUUUACUUUUUGUGCUUGCCCGCUACAAAUUAGCGAAAUUUAAUAUGAAAGUUGUGUGA